AUCAAAAUGGCAGGGACUUUGUUGUUGACGUUUUUCGGAUUAUCCUUGAAGAUUCAGCAGGUCAAUGCUUAUUAUUGUGACAACAAUAGAUGCAGUGAGGAUGAAUAUUGCUGUGGUAUCAACGUUUGUUGUGCGUCAUACAGAGUCUUGGGUUUAUGGUACUUCUGGUUUGGUUUAGUCUUCUUCAUCUUUCUUCUCUCGUCAUGUGCUGGAUUCUGGAGAUACAGAUAUCGGCAACAUCCCGUUAUUAUCACUCUACCGUACAGCCCCCUGUCAAACACAGAGCCCUCGGCAGAUCUAGAGAAGCCACCAGCUUAUUCCGACUCUGACCUAAGAAGCAGCAGUUUUUACUCAGGUGCCAACAACAGCCCACCUCCACCGUACGGCCAACAAUACCCCGCCCAGGCUGCCUAUAUGACUCUGCCUCCAUCUUAUGCAGCCCCACCCACAGGAUACUGUGACUUUGAAACCAGAAACCAGAACUUCUAUCAACAUUGAGGGAAUUGGGUGUGGCUGUUGUUGUUAUUUUUGAAGAGACAGUUAAUAAUAUGGUUCAAAUGUGCUCUUUGAAGUUCCAUGGUUUGCAUGGAGCAACCAGAGAAAAGUGUUAAUGUUAAACAAAAUUCUCUUUUUUAUCUUGACACCUUGAAAACACUAGGGUAUAAUGGUGCAUUUUGACUGGCGAUUUGUAGGAGAAUUUCCAAGACUACAUUUGCCUUAGGUUCUUGUACAGUAGUGCUUAGGGCUCUUGCAAUACAAAUGGCUGGACUACCAUUCGAGUAGUUGAAUCAGUCGCUGAUGAUGUCAGAUAGAAAAGAAAAAAAAAGAAAAGAAAAAUGAAACGACAGAAUGAUUAUCAUGUAGUGUAUACGAGGACAUGUAUUGAAGACUCCAUGAGACAUUCUUGAGGAACUCUUUAUUAAAUCAUUAUCUCUUUUCAGAUAUUUAGAGUUAAAUCCCUCCUACAUGUACAUUCAGUGUUCAAAUAUGAAUAAUAUUGUGUCUGAAAAGGGUUUUAAGUUUGUGAAGACCAGAUUUCCAUGCUCUAACCUAUAUAACAAUUUUUAGAGAGAAAUUUUUAUCCUAUGGUCUCUUGUAACCUUAUCUGUCUCGCAUUACAAGCACAUCUUCCAGCAGACAGCCGUGACCACUGUAAACACCACGCCUCAUAUCGUCACCCAGGACAACCCUGCUAAGGGUUGAAGCACUGAUGACCUUUGUGAGCUUUCCUUUCUGUCACUGGACUAAAAGGAAAUUCUCCCUGGUUCAGCACAUUUUACUUUGUUUAAUUCUUUGAGGAAGCUGGAAAUUGUUAUUAGUGCAAGCCAAGCUUUGAAGAGGUAAUCAGAUUUGAACAGUGGAAUGUGUGUGUUGUUGUUGUAUUGUGUAGUUUUUAUUUUUUCCUGAUUAAUGAACACUACUCUGGAUGCCAGGUACUAUUCCUCUUUCAAGUUUUAGGAUGCAAGUUUUAGCCACCAAUGCUGUAGAAAAAUUUAGCAAUGAUAAGGGGUUAUGUACAAGUGUGCAAUGGGGAAGAUAUUAGCUUAAUUUUUCUUCACUGUGUGACUGAGGAAGGGAGGUAACUUUUGUCCCUGAUUUGACGCAACAGCCUGCAGUCUGGUACUGAAAGCAGCACACUUUGUGCCCUCUGUGCUUGACUGCCAGGUCAGGUUGAGGUAUCACUUGGCUAUCAUUGGUUAAUGGCAACCUUGGUUGGAUCUUGUACAUCAUUUUGGUGGUGGAAACUUGCAAGCCCAAAAUUCAACAAAUAAAAAAAAAAAAGGAGAGAAGUGUGUGAUACUUAGAAGGAAAAAUAAAUAAAUAAAAUUGAGUUUCCUUUUCAUUGAAUAAGUCAUCAUAGUUUUUCAGCAAUCAAAUCUGCCAUUCCUAAAAUUCAUGUUAUAUCAGACAUAGCCUGAACUUGCCUGUCUCUUACACCAGCCAAUCAGAAGCCAUUCUUUAUCCCUUUAAUAUAUAGAUGACAUUAUUCAUUACCCACAGUACCAAAGUCCUUACUAUCGUCUUUCAGAUGAUGUACCAGUCUGCUGUGUUUUUAAUAGGCUGUGAUGUGAUGAGAAUUUAAUGUUUACUUUUGGUCAUCGCAGAUGUGCUCAUCAAAGGACGGUGAACGUCAUACAUCUAUUUAUCUACCAGUGCAUAAACUUAUAUGCUUGAAUACAUAAUCCCUGGGAAGUGAAGGGUUUGUUUUUAAUCAGUAGUGCUUAACCAGUUUUCUGCUUAUCCAUUCAGGGGAGAUAACUCCGUUAGCAAAUAGGAUAUUCUCAGAUAGGCAAUGUUGCAUGAAAAACUUAGAUGUCUUUGAGCUAGAGUUUUCAGUCUCCAUUUAACUGUACUGAUAAUUUGCAAACACUGUGUUUAGCAUAAUUGGGUGGUGAGCUAGGUGUAGGAAUAGGUCACAAUGUGAAGUUAUCACACGCAGUGUGUGUAUUUCAUUGACAUUUGCCUUCUCAUUUUAGUCGAUUUUUAUGUGUUUCUUACAUUUACAUGUGUGUACAUAUAUAUAUGUAUGAAAUAUAACACUGAUUGUGCUAACACAAGGGUUAAGUUCUUGCCCUGUAAAUAUGUGUACAUACAUAAGAAGAAAUGUUUAUUUAUGCCUUUAUUUUCACUUUAUAAUGUUAUUCCUGUACUAACAACUAUUAACAUGUAUGUAGUUCCUUAGCAAAAAUCUCAGUAAGGGGUCUGCCCAGGAUAUUUGUCAUUAUUUAAAUAAAAUGUAUAACCGUGAAGAGGGUGAUUGACCCGAUAAUAUAUUAGCAUUUUCAGAAAAC